AUAUUUUUCUUUGUAAUGACUCUUACAACAUGUAAUUACACGAGCAAGUUAAACCAGGCCCGCAGCACAUGGCAUUCUGGAUGGUGGUGGUUUAAGUCUGUCAUUAUCAUUUUCUCCAUUGCCAGUACCUUAUUUCUUCCUCUCCAAAUCAUCCAAUUAUAUGGUGAACUCGCUAGAAUUGGUGCAGGGAUAUUUCUUAUUCUUCAGCUCAUAAGUGUAAUUGAGUUUAUUACAUGGUGGAAUAACUAUUGGAUGCCCGAGGAUGAUAAGAUGAAGAACCAAAGCAGCAAUUGCUUUCUCGGAUUGUUUAUGUCAACAUUAUUCUAUGUUGCUUCAGUAAUUGGGAUUGGAAUGAUGUAUUCACUCUACGUCCCCAAAUCCUCUUCGUGUACUCUUAACAUAUUUUUCAUAACGUGGACCGCCAUCUUGCUUGGUGUCAUGAUGCUAGUGUCUUUGCAUUCAAAGGUAAAUAGAGGUCUUCUGUCUUCGGGGAUCAUGGGUUCUUAUAUUGUUUUCCUCUGUUGGUCUGCCAUUAGAAGUGAGCCAGCAGGCAAGAAAUGCAGCCCUCAGAAGGAACAUAACAAUAAGCACGUUGAUUGGACUAAUGUCCUGGGAUUUCUGAUUGCCAUAUCUGCAAUUGUUAUGGCAACAUUUUCGACUGGGAUUGACUCGCAAACAUUUCAGUUCCUCAAAGAGGAUGAUGAGGCGGAAGAGGAGAAGGAUGAUGAUGAUAUUCCAUAUGAAUAUGGAUUCUUCCAUCUUGUAUUCUCCUUAGGAACCAUGUACUUUGCAAUGCUAUUUAUCAGUUGGAACCUGGAAAGCUCAACCAACAACAAGUGGAGCAUGGAUGUAGGCUGGGCAAGCACUUGGGUCAAAAUCGUCAACGAAUGGCUUGCUGCCACCAUUUACUUGUGGAAACUUAUUUACCCUGCUCUGAAACAGACAGGAGUUGAGAAUAACCAAUUAAGGGAAAGGAGGAGUGUGAUGCCUUGA